GUGUUUUAUAAAAAGGUAUAAAAUACUUUGGAGAAUCAUAUGUACGUCGAGAAAAUAUAGAAAGAGAUCGAUCUCGGGACAGACAGUAAAGGGUGGGGGAAACGGGGCGGACUGUGCAAAAAUCGGGAAAGUCUGUUCCGAAUAGAGGCCGGUCUCGAACUGCAUAGAUAUCAAUGAAGAACAAAUUCACGGAGCCAGCAGACAGGCGGACGAUGUUCAGAGGUCGGGGCAGGAAGAGUGAGAGACGCGGAUAGGAGCAGGUUGGCUCUCUGGGUCUCAUGGGCAACAGGAUCACACACCUCUCCGGGUUCUUCAGCAGGAUCCACAGAAGGAGCAUCACAAGUUCCCAACAAAAUUUGUUUCAAGAUGAGUCAACCGCAUCAUCAGAGACCACAUCAGAAGAUACCAAUCUCAACAGUACCGAGGAGGCAGCCAGUGCUAUUCCGCAAGUGCCCCUGACAAUUGAACAGCCUAGCACAGAAGAACAUGAAAGUCAAUGGGAUGAUGUAUCACUUAUGGGAACCUCCGUGGGGAAAGGACCACUUCGGGGUCCAGAUGUGGAAAACUAUGCACAUAGGUCAAGAGUUAGGCUUUACAAUUUUCUUGACAUCCCCAGACAGACAGCAGCGCCAAAGACAGUUGCGAUUCUGUCCACUGAGAAUAUCAGGGAUGCUCUCCAUUGUGGCUUCAGCCAGCUCCAUAGUGACAUAACUUCAUUACGGCACAGUACACAGGCUGGAUGGGAGCAGGUUGCAGAGCAGGUUGCUGCUUUUACCAGCCUCCUGAAUCAGUUGACCAAACCUCAGUCACCUUGCUGUACACAGCUUCAAGCAGCUAGCUCACAGGCAUUUGCAGUGUCUGUCAACCAGGCGAUCGACUCCUCGAGCACAGAGCUGGGCUUUGUGACAAAUGUCUCAGAGAAUGAUUGUGCAGAGACUCUUGGCAAUGGCAUGUGUUCCUAAACAGACUUCCCAACACAGUCUGAAACGGCUCCUUAUCUCUCACAGUGGACUGUUCAGGGAACAAAUAAUUUAGUUUAAAUAAAUAUAAAGUUUCUUACUUGCUAAAAAACAGUCGUUAUAAUUUUGGAGUUUCACAAGUUAUAGAGUAGAAUUAGGCCAUUCAGCCCAUCGAUUCAAUCAUGGCUGAUCUCUGCCUCCUAAUCCCAUUUUCCUGCCUUCUCCCCAUA